AUGACAACCCCGGAUUCACCACCCUCUCCAGCGAGACGACCGCCUUCUCCAUUACUACCACCGCCACUGCCACCGCACCUCCGCCACCAGAAUCAACAGCACCACCACCUGCAGCAGCAGCAAGAAGAAGACCAACGGCAAGAGCAAAGCCAAAACCUCCUCGAUCACCGACAAGAUCAAGCGCACCAACAUCCCCAGCAAGAUCACCAACGGCAACCCGUCAGAAAGCAGCAGCAGCAGCGCCGCCGCCCUCCGCCCGCACUACCCCCACCGCCCCCACCACCAUUACCCCCAGCGCCGGCGAGGCUCCCCCUCCUCCCUCCGCCCCGGCGCACUAACCCCAUCGUCUGGUGCAUAGCGGUGUUCUGCCUCAUCCUCGCCGUCGUCAUCGUCAUAUCCGCCGUCUUCACCCUCGUCCUCUUCCUCGCCAUCCGCCCCCGGCUUCCAUCCAUCGACAUCCCCUCCGCCACCCUCGACAGCCUCUAUCUCGACUCACCCAACCUCCUCAACGGCGACCUCACCCUCGUCCUCAACAUCUCCAACGCCAACCAUCGGAUCGACAUCCGCUUCGAGCUGCUCGUCGUCGAACUCUACCUUGGGGGCACCAUGGUGGCGACGCAGAUGAUCGAGCCGUUCCGGGCCUACAAGGAAGGGUGGAGGGCCGGCUCCCUCCACUUCCUGACGAGCCAAGUGGGGCUGGGCUCGGCGGAGGUGGCCCUGGUCGGCCAGAUGGUGCAGACGGAAAGGAUCAGUACAGAUGUUUCCCACUCAGAAAAAGUUGGGAAAGAGGUUUUGAGUGCUCCAGAUGUAUAG